UAGAUCUGGGCGUCAAGUUAAACAAACUCCAGUGAGAUGGAAAAGCGCGAGAUAAAUAUCCAGAGCAAGAUUAAAACUGCAACAAGACGUCGUCUGUGUGAGGACCAAGAUGAAGUAGAUGACCAGCACCACUAUAUCUGUGGUGACCAGCGUGGUCUGUGGUGAUGUGCCCUCAGCGGUCGGAGAAGGAGAAACACGGGGAAGCUCGGUGACACUCAUUAGUUCAAAGAUCAAUGACUUUCUCAGGAGUGACUUUAAAAUGUCAUCCCUCCAUGACAAUACAAACUGAAUACAUCCAAAAGGACCUUUCCGCAUUAAAGACCCCUCUGUCCAGAACUAAGAGAGCACCAGCAAGCUCUCUGCAGCCCUGGAUCUACAUCUCCACUAAGUUUGUUCAGCUAUAACCCUAUUGCAGAGCACGGUGCAGAAAUCUGGGACAAGCUAGCUGGGUCUUUAAAUGAAUCCUUUGCAAGAACAAGGUACAGUGAAGCCCCAUUUUUCUAUAAAUACCUCUCUCUCUCUCUCUCUCUUUCUGAUGCCGUUGGAUCGGGCCAUCUCCAAGGGCUGAGGAGUGACCCAGAAACUGCCUGUCAGAGCAGCGGAGGACAGCGCUCUGAUUACAGAUCCUCAGAGAUGCUGGUACAGUUCGACUGGGACAAUUCACUUCACCUUUAAGAAUCUAAUCCAUAAACUCUUUCUUAUUUAAGCGAAAAUAAGAACAACAGGUAGAGUGAAUCUCUAUACAAAGUAGGGCUAUGCAAUUACUUAUUUUUGAUUUUCAAUUUUUAAUUCAAAGAAUUACAAAAACAAGAUAAUAAUGAUUUGGCCCAUAAUCGAUCAGCCCUAACACAAAGCAAAUAUACAGUAUGAUGUAAUAUGAUUAAAGCUCAAAGCUGGUAACCACAAGGUUGCUGGUUCAAUCCCGAACAAUGGGGUGUCAUCGCCCUACCCUCGAGCAAGGAACAUGACCCCAGGUUACUUCAAGUGGAUUUUCCCUGUAAUAAGUAUACUGGACAACAGAGCCCUUUGUGAUUCAGCCAGUUCACAUUACAUAGCGAUAGGAAAUCACUCCCUACUGACUAUAACAGAAUACUGUAUGGCAUUCAGCACUUUUACACAAUCUUUGUUAUUCAUUCUGAAACAUUCAGGAGUGUUUAACUGACUUUCAAGGGAUCAGUAGCAAGUCAGGUCAGGCCCAGGGAUUCAAUUAUAGCAGAAGAGCACGGGCAUAUGUGAAGGCCUGAAGGGCUACGAAACCUGGCACCGUCUGUGACUCCAGCAUAUGAAGUUAAAAACUAACAGCAGGUGAACAGAAGUCAAGUGACAUCAUUUCGAGCGAUGCCUCCAGUAAAUAAGACCGUAUGACUGACGGCAACUCUUCUUCCUUGAUUUGGACAUGACGGCUUUCUGGGAUUGGGUCUAUGACGACAGGAGCCUCCUGACUUUCAGUCUGGUUGUUACAGUAGCACCAAUCAUAACAAAGGGCGUGGCUUCGUGCCCCGUGGAUGUUACGUCAAAAUAAAAUGGCGUCGCACUUCAGCGGUGUACUGCAACUCACAGACCUGGAUGAUUUUAUCACUCCGUCUCAGGAAUGUGUAAAGCCUGUAAAAGUGGAAAAGAAACCGGGAAGAUCUGUAGCUAAAAUUCAGAUCGAAGAUGAUGGCAGUUAUUUUCAAGUCCAUCAGGAUGGUCAAAAACAAAAGCUGGAGAAAGCGAAGAUUACUCUGAAUGACUGUCUCGCAUGCAGCGGCUGUAUUACAUCUGCAGAAAGUGUGCUUAUCACCCAACAGAGCCAUGAGGAACUGUAUCGUGUGCUUAACCAUAAUAAGCAGGCUAGCGCUAGUGAGAAGAAAGUGCUGGUGGUGUCUGUAUCUCCACAGUCGAGAGCAUCACUGGCUGCACACUUUGGUCUCAGCAGCGGUGAGGUGGCCCGAAGACUCACCAGCUUCCUGAAAAACCUGGGUGUCCAUAACGUCUUUGACACUGGCUUCAGUCGCUCUUUCAGUCUUUUAGAAAGCCAGAGAGAGUUUCUGGAGCGAUUCAGACGAAAGGAUGUAGACAAGAAAGCCCUACCGAUGCUGGUGUCUGCCUGUCCAGGCUGGAUUUGCUAUGCUGAGAAGACUCACGGCGAAUUCAUCCUUCCUUACAUCAGCACGACCCGCUCGCCUCAGCAGAUGAUGGGGUCUUUAGUCAAGAGCUACUUUGCCACACAGAAGGGUGUUUCACCACAGAAUAUCUAUCAUGUGACUGUGAUGCCCUGCUAUGAUAAGAAGUUAGAGGCUUCCAGACCAGAUUUCUACCUCGGCGAGUAUGAAACCAGAGAGGUGGAUUGUGUCAUCACUUCAGGUGAAGUUUUAAAGAUGUUGGAAGAGGAGAAUGUGUCUUUGAGGGAUGUGGAACCGGCUGCCGUAGACACAAUGUUCAGUAAUGUAUGUGGAGAGGAGAUGUUAGGUCACGCAGGAAGUGGAUCUGGAGGUUAUCUACAUCAUGUCUUCAAACAUGCUGCCAAACAACUCUUUGGGAUCGAACUAGACGAACUCACAUACAAGACUAUGAAAAACAAAGACUUCCAGGAAGUGACUUUGGAGAAGGACGGCGAUGUGCUGCUGCGGUUCGCAACUGUCUACGGCUUCAGAAACAUUCAGAACCUGGUGCAGAAGCUGAAGAGAGGAAAGUCACCUUACCACUUUGUAGAAGUGAUGGCAUGUCCAUCAGGAUGCCUGAAUGGAGGAGGGCAGCUUAAACCUUCAGCAGAUCAGUCUAAUAAGGAGCUGCUUCAACUGGUAGAGGAGCUGUACCACAUGGAGAGAACCUCGGCACCUGAGGAAGACAAGCAGGUGGCUGAGCUUUACCACAGCUGGUUAGAGAGUGUGGGAGAGGAGAAAGCCAAACAGUUACUCCACACACAGUAUCACGCCAUAGAAAAAAACACAACUAGUCUCAGUAUAAAGUGGUGAGGCGGCGAGAUCAGCCAUCGACAUCAUCUUGUUUUGUCUCUUUGCCUUCGGUUUCAAUAUCGUACACCUUUUCAAAUGUGUAAAGUUAGUAUUUAAAGAAAUACUCCACUUUCAUAAAAAAAUCCCCCCAUGUCAUCCAAUAUGUACGGAGCCCCUAAAGGGACAUGAAGCAAAAAUUAAAUAAAGUUUAGUUUCAUGUGCUCACGCGAAACCUUCAUGUGCAGAAUAUAUAUUUUUUUAUUUUAGUUUUGCAUGCUCAUGUGAAGCUAUUGCGCGAGCAUGCGAAACUAUCACGUGCUCACCUGAAACUAUCGUGCGCGCACGUGAAAGCGAAAGUUUCACGCGAGCACGCGAAACUAAACAAAAAAAAAAUUUUGCACAUGAAGGUUUCACGUGAGCACAUGAAACUAAACUUUAGGAUUUUUUUACUCCAAUGUCACCUUAGGGGCUCGGUAUAUAUGUUUUUGUUUCUUUGAGAAGAAAUUAAGUUUUUUGAGGAAAACAUUUCAGGAUUUUUCUCAUUUUAAUAGACUUUAUUGGACAUCAACAGUUUACUGUUUCAAAGCAACUUCAAAGGGCUCUAAACGAUCCCAACCAAGGGAUAUAAGGGUUUUAUCUCUCAAAAUGAUUGUAAUUUUCGCAAAAAAAUUAAAAAUAUGUACUUUUUAACCACAACUACUCAUCUUGCACUAGCCGUGUGACGUGCCAGCAUGGCCUUUUGUAUUACGCAAUCACGUCAAUAGGUCAUGGGUUACAUAUGUGAAACGCACAUUUGCGGACCAUUUUAAACAAUAAACUGACACAAAUACAUUAAUUAGUAUCAUUCCACACACAACAACAUCAGAAUGGUCCUCUUUCUCUACACUUGUAAACACUAGAGUCGUAGUUUUACAUACUUCGUGUAGCGAAUUUUGCGUGUCUUUAUUUGUGUGUCGAAUUUUGCAGUGUCUUAUCUAGCGUAACGAGCAGGAUUUUUGCAAAAAAAACCUUUUUAAUCAUAACUUCUCGUC